CCUUACUCGGAUGAGAUGUUUUGGACUAUAAAUGUUGGGAUGAUGGCUUAUAAACUGUCGAUGGGGAUUGUCUCCCUUUGCAUUUUAGCUUCACUGUUGGAAUCAACAAUAACUGCCAGACCAAGCGUGAGUGUCAAACCCCUUGGUGGUUCAAGAUAUCUAGUUAUCUACGAGAUAGAUUCAGCUAAUCAGGAACCUACAUCUGCAGAAGCAACUGUCAUCAAUUCCAGUGUAGUGGAGUUCACAGCUACAGUUGGGUCCCAUGAAUUUCAUCAUGUAUCGGAUCCAGAACCAGCAGGGAUAAGGAUUAUAGAACAGAGACCCGUUGCAGAUACCUACCGGGUGAAGGUGGAAUGUCCGGUCGACCCUACUGACAAGUUCCAUUGAAUUUAAAAUCUACUUGUUAGUCAUUGGUUGAUUAUUAGAAUCAUGUGCACGCUGUAAUCGAUGGAUUUUGCCUUUUACACUAACCACUAGGACUACAGAAUAUUUCCAUGGAUUACUUGUUAGUUAGUUGUGGAUUACCAGAAUACACUCUAAAUCUUUUAUUUUACCUUUACCAAUAGUAAUAGAACUACCGAAUAUAUCCAAUGAGUUCAUGGAUUACUUGUUAAAUGUCAGUUUACAUGCAGUAACUGACGGAUUGUGUCUUUCUAAAUAAAAAAGAUCAAUAGGACUACAGAAUAUUUCGUAUGAGUUUAGGGAUUAACUGUUUGUGGUUAAAUUGUUAAUUAAGAAAUAGGACUAACCAAUAUGUUAUGAGUCCAUGGACUACUUAAUAAUUCUUUGUGCAUUACUAGAAUAAUGAGUACGUUGUGACGUUGGAUUUUACCUUUCUCAACAAUCACUGGGACUAGUUUACAUAUUUAUAUCCUGUAAGUGGAGUUUGGAAUAUACUCUUUUAGACGUGGUGUUUGCCUUAUUCGUCUAUACUCCAUUGUCUGACUGAAAAAGCAUCCGACUAAUGGGAAUAACUUUUAUUUUCAAUUAGCAAUUAAAAAAAUAAUAAAAACGUGCACGUCGAAGGUGUCCUCCCAUAAGAAC